AGGAUAAGGGGUUCCUUUCAGAGCAGAUGUGUCAGCAUGAACAGUUGGAGCCCACCCAGGCUCUUGGACCUUGCAAACCAGAGCCUGCUGCGGCAUGAGGCCUUGGUUAUCGCCUCUCUGGAGUUGCUGCCCACGGAACUCUUCCCGCCCCUGUUCAUGGCAGCCAUUGCUGGGACACACAGCGAGACACUGAAGGCAAUGGUGCAGGCCUGGCCCUUCACUCGCCUCCCCCUGGGGGCUCUGAUGAAGGCUCAGCAGCCUCACCAGGACAUCUUAAAAGCUGCGCUGGACGGGCUCGAUGUCCUGCUUGCACAGAAGAUUCGCCCCAGGAGAUGGAAACUGAAAGUGCUGGAUUUACGGAAGAACACUUAUACCAACUUCUGGAGCCUAUGGUCUGGAACCUGGUCCAGGGCCUCUAUGUGCUCACUAGAGGAGCCAGAGGUCACCCAGCCCAGGACUAAGAGGCAAAAAGUGGACAAUUCAAGGACUGGGGAGAAGCAGCCCUUGACCCCGCUGGAGGUGCUCAUAGAUCUGUGCCUCAUGGAAGACAGCCCGGGUGAAUUCCUCACCUUCCUCAUUAACAGGGUCAAGCAGAGAAAAAGUCUUCUACACCUGUGUAGCAGGAAGGUGACGAUCGAUGCGAUACCACUCCAAAAUAUUGAGAAGAUCCUGAAAAUGGUGCAGCUGGACUGUGUUGAGGAGGUGGUAAUUAGGAGCUGGAAACUGUCCACCCUUGCCAGGUUUGCUGCUCACCUGGGACAGAUGGUUAAUCUGAGCAGACUCUCUCUCUCUAACAUUUACAUGACUUCCCACAUUUCCUGGGUGCUGGAGGAGAAGCAAGUUGCCCAAUUAACCUCUCAGUUCCUCUGUCUGCACCAGCUCCAGGAGAUCUACCUGGACUCUGUCGUCUUCCUCAAAGGCCGCCUGGACCAGGUGCUCAGGUGCCUGAAGACCCCCUUGGAGACUCUCUCAAUAACUAAUUGCUUGCUUUUGGAAUCCGACUUGAUACAUCUUUCCUUGUGCCCGGGCAUCAGCUACCUAAGGGACCUGAGCUUAAGUGGUGUCAACCUGACUGGCUUAAGUCCCGAGUUCCUCCAAGUUCUGCUAGACAGAGCCUCAGCCACCCUCCAGCACCUGGACUUUGAUGGGUGUGGGAUUUCAGACUCCCAGCUCACUGCCAUCCUGCCUGCCCUGGGCCGCUGCUCCCAGCUCAUCACUUUCAGCUUCUGUCGAAACUCAGUCUCCAUGGCUGUCCUGGAAAGCCUGCUGCGGCACAUCAUCCCACUGAUCAAGUUCAGAUUUGGGCUGUUUCCCACUCCUCUGGAGUGUUCUGUGGGCAUCCAAGGCACUCUUCACCUGGGGACUCUUCGAGGGUGUCUGGCCAAGCUGAGGCUGAUACAGCAGGAGUUAGGGCAGCCCAACAGGGUCUUGUUCAGUGCCUUUGCCUGUCCUCACUGUGGCACCAGAAUAUUGCAUGACCUGGAGCCCAUCCUAUGCCCCUGUUAUACACCUGCCUAG